GCGGGAUAUUUAACGUUAGCCGCACCGGAGUGGAUGAUACAAACAGCGUAGAGAAAUGGCGGACGUCGAGGGACAAGGAGUUUGUUCCUCGGUCCCUCCGUUGCCCCAUCCUUCGUCCCGGAACGGCUCCGGCAGCGGCGACGUUACACCGGUCACCGGCGGCGGAGGCAGCUGCCAGACGGCGACAACCGUUACCUCGGGCCCGCGGCUAGUCCGGAUAGUGAAGUCUGACUCGGGCUACGGUUUCAACGUUCGGGGGCAAGUGAGCGAAGGAGGGCAGCUACGGAGCAUUAACGGGGAGCUGUACGCGCCGCUGCAGCAUGUCAGCGCCGUGCUGCCGGGAGGAGCCGCCGACAGAGCCGGUAUUUCGAAGGGGGACCGCAUCCUGGAGGUCAACGGCGUGAACGUGGAAGGAGCGACGCACAAGCAGGUGGUGGAUCUGAUCCGGGCCGGCGAGAGGGAGCUGGUCCUGGCCGUGCUGUCCGUCCCGCCGCAGGAGGCCGACUGCCUGGACCCCGGAGACGACGGGUCGGCUCAGUCCUGCUACGACUACUCCGACAAGCAGGCCGUGCCCAUCUCCGUGCCCAGCUACAAGCACACCGAGCUCAACCAUGAGAAGUUUGUGGUGUACAACGUGUACAUGGCAGGCAGACAGCUGUGCUCCAAGCGCUACCGGGAGUUUGUGAUCCUCCACCAGAACCUGAAGAGGGAGUUUGCCAACUUCACGUUCCCCAAGCUGCCUGGGAAAUGGCCUUUCUCCCUGUCGGAGCAGCAGCUGGACGCCCGGCGCAGAGGCCUGGAGGAAUACCUGGAGAAAGUGUGCUCUGUUCGGGUAAUUGGAGAAAGUGACAUCAUGCAGGAGUUCCUGUCUGAAUCAGACGAGAACUAUAACGGCGUGUCAGACGUGGAGUUGAGAAUAGCCAUGCCCGACAAAACCACGCUCACCGUCAGAGUUCGCAAAAACUCCACCACAGACCAGGUGUACCAGGCUGUGGUCAUGAAACUGGGGAUGGACAGCGUGACGGCGAGCUACUUCGCUCUGUUCGAGGUCAUCAACCACACCUUUGUGCGUAAACUGGCCCCCAACGAAUUCCCCCACAAACUGUAUGUACAGAAUUAUACCUCAGCCAUCCCGGGAACCUGCCUCACGCUGCGCAAGUGGCUCUUCACCACAGAAGAAGAGAUUCUGCUCAACGACAACCAGCUCGCCGUCAACUACUUCUUUCACCAGGCCGUGGACGACGUGAAGAAAGGCUUCAUCAAAGCUGAGCAGAAAUCUUAUCAGCUGCAGAAGCUGGCGGAGCAGAAGAAGAUGUCCAUGUACCUGAGUCUGCUCCGAGGAUGCGAAGGCUACAACGAGAUCAUAUUCCCCCACUGCUCCUGCGACUCCCGUCGUAAAGGCCACGUGAUCACCGCCAUCAGCAUCCACCACUUCAAGCUGCACGCCUGCACCGAGGAGGGCACGCUGGAGAACCAGGUGAUCGCCUUCGACUGGGGGGAGAUGCAGAGGUGGGACACCGACGAGGAGGGCAUGGCCUUCUGCUUUGAAUAUGCACGAGGGGAGAAGAAGCCGCGCUGGGUCAAGAUAUUCACACCUUAUUUUAACUACAUGCAUGAGUGCUUUGAGAGGGUCUUCUGUGAGCUCAAGUGGAGGAAGGAGGUGGAAGAAGAGGCGACAGACAAGGACAAUAAGAACUGCAGUAAAGAUGGUAUGUGUGGCAAGGUAAGGCUUUGCCUGCCUCUGUCCAGUCUAUGAUCCACUCAUACAGCAGUCUGGGUGAAUUCCUCUGAUUUUAACCGUAUCUGCACAGGACUGGUGUUACCUGAGGACCUCGUGUGAUUUAGAAGUUACCCCGCUAAAUCUGGGUUUUAUGUGCACAGGAUACGUC